CGUGGUUUCCCAUGCAGCACCAGUGUGGUGCGGCUCUAAUUACACGCUGUGUUGGCAUAGCUGAAAUAACUGACUUAGAGUGAGGUCAAAACACGGAAUUCCAAAGAAUAAUUGUCCAAAUAUGGAUAUCCAGGAAACUAUUGAUAUGGAUUUCCAGGAGAGGAUAUGUUGGUGUCAUGCAGGCAGUCACCACAUCCACUAAUGUGAUUGUCUCAGCAUCCAGUCUCCACACUUCUGAGAUCAAGCGUGGCACUGCAGCCUACCUCUGUACACCACAUAGGAACCAUUAGCUGAGCAGUCUACUGUAUCAGGUUACAGCAGAGCUGAAGAAUGAAGAUUACCACAGUAAUACUCUGUCUGAUGGGAGCCGUUUCUGCAAACCCAAUUUUGCACCGAGUAGACAUGGAGCCAUGUGUGUCUGAAUCAAAUGCAACUCAAUGUUUGUCUGGCUCACAAUCGUCAGAUCAAAGUGACACUUCAGAACUUCAGAGCUCUGAGGAAAACACAUCAGAAGAUACAUCUGAGAACCAGACUUCAGAAUCCGAGUCAGAGUCAGAAUCAUUGGAAUCCAAUUCUGAUGAUGAGAGUUCUGAAAAGAGUCAGAGCCAAUCACUACAAGACACAAACACGUCACGCGAGAUGGGUGUCACCAGUGACAACAGCCUGGGCAGUGAGGAGAACAUUCGCAAGAGUUGGAUCCGGAUGUUUGCAAAUGUCAUCCAAGUCCUGAGCCCCAAGGUCAACGGCAGUGUCAAGGUCAAAGGUCAACCAGAUCAUCAGAAUGUUGAGGAGGGAGAACAGCUGCAAACCUCCAUUCACACAACCACUGCCAUGACAGUCAACCAGAAGGGCACCACAGUACCAAGCAAUGGAGACAUCUUUUUGGUGGAAAGUAUUUCCCAACCGUUAGAUGGUCAAAUUGCGACCAUUCCCAGAGAGGACCAUGAUGACAGAGAAGGUUGUGAUACCAGCAAUGUGCCAGAGGCUAACACUGACUCCAGUGAGAGUAGUGACACCUCUGAGGCCAGUGACAGCAGUGACACCAGCGAGAGCACAGAAAGUGAGACCAGCGACAGCGCAGACACACAACAGAUGGAAACCAGGGACUGCCGGGUAGGUGUCGAUAGCACUGCCUGCGACAGUGACGAGUAUGUCUUCCAGGACAUAGGUGAUGACGCUCAUUACCCAGUGGAACACCUAAUGAUGCCAGAAGAGGUGCAUGAGUUGCAUCUACGGAGAUAAUGAACACCUUGACGAACAUCUCUCAAUCCUACACUGUUUUAUUUGACACUCUGCUUUUGUUGAGUUGCAUUACACAUAGAGAUAAGAAGCUUUGUCAAGUUGUAUUGUGCUUCAGUACCUCAAUUGAUGGUCAGCUUUAAUUAUGACUUCAAACUAAUGUUAUAGAUAGCAGGUGGUCAGUUUAUAGGCAUGGUUUCUGCCAAAUUUGAAAUAAAAUGUAGCCCUAUUUGUUUGUGUUGUUCUGUAAAUGGCUUUGUACUUUAAUACGUGUUUACAAUAAAUGUAUUGUA